AUGUCCACCCCGCACGACCCGGCCAUCAUUGACUCCUCCAUCAUCCUGAUGGAUCUGUCCAGAUCGAGCUCCAGAACACCCAGGACCCAAGAUAAACCCCUGGUGUCCCGAGGAACCAGCUACUCCAAUGGCCUAGAACCGGGCAGUGCUCUUUCAAAACUCCUUGAUAGUGCCAUGGCUAAUGCUGCCAAAGAGCUGACACCGGAACCAGAAACAGCCAGGUCACCUAGUCUGAUAGCGCUGCCUCGGCGUGAAUCCUUACUGGACUUCAAGCCCGUGCCUUCGCUGAAGGCCAACGUGUACUCGAUUGAGGAAUUGCUUGUUUUGCGCUCGACACCUGAGGUGGCGGCCUUCGAUACCCUGGUUCUUCCCGACCAGGCCUUCUGGGUGAUUAAGCCUGUCCGCAACCAGAAAACAAACGAAAAGAGCGGCACGUCUCGUAGGAACAACCGCAGAAACCAGAAUCUGAACGACGGCAAAUGGGAGCGGAAACCCACAGGGUUCGCGGAGAGCUCCAAGCUUGAUAGAAUGUCCGCCGAGAAGAUUUCACAAUUGUUGGGUGAAAACCCCGAAGAAGGGACCCCCGAGUGGGAUAACCCAGGCGCCUCCGACUUGCAAAUGGACAUGGGCUCCACAGUCGAGGACUUUGAGCGCUGGAAGCAACGCAUGCACGAGAAUGACCGUAAACAGUAUGUUGACGAGACGCCCACUGAGCCUGAGGCUCCAAAGGGAAACGAGGUCGACAACUUCUUCUCCUUUGUCAACCCCAAGACCGGAAGCUCGGCCCCUGAGACCUCCACCCCAGGCUCGGAUUCCGGCAAGAGCUCACGUUUCUCGUCCUUCUUUGGCGGUCCAGGCCCCCAAGAAUCACCAAAGCGUUCAGGCCCACCUCCCGGCCUUGCAAGAAACCCAGCCGGUAAGCCUGAUCCUUCCGCCGGCCUGCGAUUCUUUGGCUUGGCCCAAGGGUCUCCUGCUCAACAGCAUGCUACUCCAAAGCAGGAACCAGUGGCUCGCCAGAGCCAAGUUCCACAAGUGCCUUCCCCAAUGGCUGGCCAGGGGAUGCCAAUGGCCGGUCCGCCAGGCCUCACGCCUCCUAACUUAGGCGGUGAUAGCAAAGCGCAAGACUCCUUCUUCCUUUCGUUGUUGAACAAGCGAGACCAGGAUAAGGGCUCUGACCAGCAGCAAGGCGCCAAACCAGAUGCAAAGCCAGAUGCUAGCCGUCCUCGCCAAGGCCAGCAAGGACCUCCAGGUCCUCAUAACUUGCCUCAUGGCAUUCCUCCUUGGAUGGCUCAAGGCAUGGGUCCUCCACCAGGCUUCCAGAGAGGACCACAGCAAAUGUACCAAUUCCAAGGUCCUCCACCUCCUGGCAUGUUCCCUCCAGGAAUGGGACCUCCACCUCCAGGAUUCCCAAUGCAAGGUAGACCUCCACAGGAUGGACAGCCCAACCAACAGGGCAUGCCACGCGGUCAGAUGCCACCUCCUGGUUUCUACGGGUUCCCUCCCGGAAUGGGUCCCGGUGGUCCUGGAAUGCCUCCACAGCAACAACAUCAACAACCUCAAGCACAACAGCAACAUCAACAGCAGCAGCAACAGCAGCAGCAACAUCAACAACUACAGCAACCCAAACAGUAG